CCACCCCUGGUGAAAACUGCAGGCGCCGGGCAGGUUGCAGCAACUGGAGGCAGUGGUGCGUUUCGAAGAGGCUGCAGCAGCGGAGGACCGGAGCCCAGAUCCAGAACUGAGCUCUCAGCACCAUGAACCCCGCCAUCGGCAUCGCUGUCCUGCUGACAGUCUUGCAGGUGGCCAGUGGGCAGAAGGUGACCAGCCUGACAGCCUGCCUGGUGGACCAGAGUCUUCGUCUGGACUGCCGCCAUGAGAAUACCACCACCUCGUCCAUCCAGUACGAGUUCAGCCUGACCCGUGAUUCAAAGAAGCACGUGCUCGUUAGCACUGUGGGGGUGCCUGAGCACACAUACCGUUCCCGAACCAACUUCACCAACAAGUACAACAUGAAGGUCCUCUACUUAUCUGGCUUCUCCACCAAGGAUGAGGGGACGUACACAUGCGAGCUCCGUCUCUCUAGCCAGGAACCCAGCUUCAAGAAUGUCACUGUGCUCAGAGACAAGCUGGUCAAGUGUGGGGGCAUAAGCCUGCUGGCCCAGAACACCUCGUGGCUGCUGCUGCCCCUGCUCUCCCUGCCCCUGCUGCAGGCCAUGGAUUUCAUCUCCCUGUGACUAGUUGGGCCCACAGCAGACACAGGAAGUCACAAGGCCCAGUCCAGAGAUCCUACUUCUCUGAGUCGGCUCACCCCAACCCCCAAUCCCUCACACACCUCGGGGAGGGGGGAAAUGAGAAACACACCCCUCAUAAGGAACCCCAGUGCGUGCUGCAUGCCAUUAUGUACCCACUUCCCCACUGCCACACCCACCCCACGGCCACCUCACAUCCUCUCCGCACACCACUGGCUUUUUGUUCCAGGGCUGCUUCUGUCUAGUUUAUCUAGGGUGUAUCCUUCCUUUUCUUUGGGAAUUUGUGAAAAAGGAAGACAGGGCUGGGGACCUGAUGAAGAGUGAGGGCAUGGGAGGUGUUGUAGGAUGGAGGAGUAACAGCCACGGGGAGGUCAUCCUUACCCACCAGAACCCGAGGCUUGGGAGAGACCUCCAUGAGGAGGGGGUUAGAGUGCAUUUGGGCCUAGCACAUCCCUCAGCAAGCAGGGAGGCACCUGAAGACCCUGGAUGUGAGGGCACUGCCAAACAUUUGUGGUCCAUCACAUGAAAAACAACUGAGCAUCUCCAGGAGCACUCUGCCACAGCAAGGAAGCUGUCCUCUUACCACUGCAGAAGUCCCCUAGGAGCCUUGGGCCUGGGUCACAGUCCAGAGGAAAUGCAGGUUCUGCCUGGGAAGCAGUGCUAAUGGCGGGUUGGAGGGGGUUAGAAGGGAGGGUCCCACAUCCUUCCCCCUCUGAGGAAGCUAACAAUGGGAGCCUACUGUCUCUCACUGCCGCAACCAGCAGUUGAGAAGGUGGCAGAGCAGGAGAAGCCCCCUCCCAAGUUGUCCCACGCUCCUAAGAGCUUCUGGAACUCUGACCUGCAGGUAGUAAGGCAGGCCAGGGGGAGCCCCAGAGCUAUGCAGUUUGGCCCAAGUUUCUCCAGGAGGCUCUUCCUUCCCUCCCCAGUCAGUGCCAACCCCAGCUGAGCCUUAGACAGGCCCCUGCCCCACAGGCCUGCCUUCUCAGGGACCUCUGGGGGGCCUGAGGUAGGCCAUGGUGUGAGACCUAUGAGUGGGACACACCUUGAGAGAUGGUUUUUCCCAAUACCCAGCUCUCCACUCGGCAGCUCUGCCCUAUCCUGUGACCAUGCAUAGUGCCACCACAGCUUAUGGCAUCUCAUUGAGGAAAAAACCUGCACAAUAAAACCAAGCCUCUGGAAUCUGUCCUGGCUCUGCUUUGCUCCUCUGUCUGUCCGCAGGCCUGCCCCCCCUCCCUUAGCCACGCAUCUAGGAGGUCCGGCCUGCCACUUCUCUCCCUCUUUCCUGCCUUCAUCAGCCCUUCCUCUCCCCCCUGCCCCCAGGGGUGGACCGCUGCCUGCUGGGUUUCUCAGAACGACUCCAACAGUAACAGAUUUGCCCAAAUAAAUGUAUGUCCCAUCUC